AUGGCACAAGGCUCCUCCAAGGGACUCAAAGCCAAGGCUCCUUCUGGAGGGAGGAAGAACACAGGCAAGACCAAGAAGGGCAGGAGGGACAUCGCACCGAAGAAUGCUCAAAAGGUGAAAGAGAAACAACAACAAAAGCAACUCUCAACUAAGAUCAAUGCUUCUAUCGAAAAGCAAAUGAUCAAUGUUGCGAGUGCAGGUAAAUUGACCAUCAUGCGAAAUCAAGGGGAGCUCGAGGCAGGCAAGGGCAAGGGUAAAAGUAAGGCAUGA